AUGGAAGAAUCUCGGCCCCGAGCCGACCCGACUUCGGUCUCUUUUGAAAUGGCGCCGAUCUGUGUUCAAUCGGAGACAUUGAAGGUUCAACUAUGCCCAGCAUUGGCCCUUCAAUCACCUCAUGCAAUCCCGGUUGCUGUUAAAAACGUUUACAGCCGUCUGGCAGCAGCUGCUACAGAAUUGGAUGAGGGCAUUGCAUCGUUGCUGCUAGUUCUUGUUUCAGAAGGAAAUUCUUGGAGUGGCUCGUUAACAAAGAAUCUGGGAAAUGCGCUCUCAAAAAUCGUGGGUCGUGCUCCAUUGUGGCUUCUAUCUUCCGGUCGGGCAGAUGAUCCUCUAGCUACAAUUGCUAGUCAAGCAAUUCGACACGUAUUGCCUCAGAUCGAAAAUGACUGCGAAGUUCUCCACGUCGGUGUGAACGCUUAUUCAAUAAUUUUUGACGAAUCGAUACAACGCGGUCCGAUGGAGAACCCAGCCACCAUGGUUGACGUGGGUGUCAACACUCUCCUCGUCCUUUGCAAGGACUUGGAAGACGAAAUCGAGCUUGCAAAAUAUCGCGCUAAUUUUGCAGUCAGAUUGUCACAACCCCCGCCAGCCCUCCUAAUUGGUGUCCCGACCGAUGGGAACCCGAAUCAAAUGCCUUCAGCCACAUCUCCCAUUUUAUUAUCGCCGGGUGUGGAUUCUCGGCCACUGCCCGUCAUUUUCUUUGCCGCUCAAAGCGCCAAUUCCCUGGAAGAAUUAUUUGUUUACAUCGAACACGGUCUCCCGGUCAUUGUCUUACAGGACAGCUGCGAGCUUUGUGACACGCUAUACAAUGCUUACCUACUUUACAAAAGCGCCGAGUUCAACCAUCAGAAAUUCAUUUCAUGGCUCGAGAGGAAAUUCCCUGGUUCCCAAGAUAUAAAACGCACGCUUCAAAUUGCUGCUUGCCUGGAUUUGCCUUCAGUUUUAGAUACAGUAGAACCAGGGGCAAUUGAUGAAGAGUCGAUGAGCAAUUUGCUGGUUUCCUCAGUAUCGAGGGCUGACCGACUUGACUUUUUGGCUUGUCUGCUAUCCAGACCGGAAGUGAUCACUUUGACAGAAGAUCUACUCCUAAAAAUUUUAAAUUCUGGAGAUCAGCAUUUUUUUAAUACUAUAGUUCUGUGCCAAUGCCUUGGUCACUCAUCAAAUUUGACCGAUAUGGAUCAGAGGUUUUGCCGGGCACUGGAUAAUUUACUGAUACGUUUCUCACAUGGAACCCGAAAUCUAUUCCCACAUGGCUUGCAUCCACCCCUUACUGGCCUACCAGCCGUUCAAAUUUUGGCGAUUUGGUGUUUGCUUCUAAAUCGUCCCCAGCAGGUAAAAUGCUUUAUUGCGCAUACGGAACAGCCGCUUGCCACGUCGCUCGUUUUGAGUCGGAUGGCACGUAGUUUAUCGAAUGAGGCAUACGAUUGGUUCUUCUACGCCGAUUCCCUACGAGAACUGUCCGCCGAUCUCUCAAAGAAUGCUGAAGAUCUACUCCACAGCGUACACUUAAAGUCCCCAACUCGAUCAUAUCAAGUUUUAUGCGAACCCAUCGAAGCGUUUGGUAACGUGCCGUUGACCGAGAUUGCAUAUAAGGCGGAUAACCGUGACUUCUUGGCCCAUGAAAGUUGCCAACGAUGGGUCUAUCGGCUGUUGUAUGCUAAUUUGCAAGUGCGAUCCGGGGCUUUUCCUUCAUUUUUACCGAAAUGGAUUAAGCUCGUUUUUGCUGCGUUUUUCAUUUUUCCACUGCGCUUUUGGGUUGCGCUUCGACCAUCAUCUAGUAUUCAACAGAAGGAAAAGCGGAAUAUGAUGUCACCAACUGUGGCCCUCCUUGAUGUUAUGCGACAACCAAAGAAAACCAGGGCAUUAUCGGCACAUAGCAUUAUAUCGACCAGAAGUGAUGCUUUGAGUACGAUCACAUCAAUGAACAUCCAUCAUAAUCAACCUUUAUUGUAUGCCAUGCCAAAUGGAGGUGAUUCGACAACACCGCAAAGCAUGAUCUUACCAUUUUCUAUCGAAGAAAUGGAUACAGGCCCACCGCCUCGACCCCAGAAAAAGCAUCGGGAUAGUUUUAGAAAAAGACGAUGGAGGACACCAACUCUCAAUUCUUUCUACCGUACCCCGAUCGUGAAAUUCUGGGUUUCGCUGGUAUUCCGAUUGAUUCAUAUUUCGGUGUUUUCCUAUUCGAUUCUUCUUCCUGGCUGUGGCUCUAAUAUUUUGGAUAUGGUUGUAUGGGUUUGGACAUUGAUCUCAACUAUUGAACAGGCUUACGUUCUUUGGAAACGGACCAGCUCGGUGCCAUUCACGGAAAUGCCGUGGCGGAUAUUCGAUAUAAUUGUUGUCAUCUUCUACCUCGUUGGUGUCUUUAUGCUUAAACUUUUUGGCGAAAAUUUAUCAGCGCUGGGCGUGACGUUUUCCGUUUAUCCAUCACGGGUCAUCUCGGCAUUCUAUCUACUGUAUUUUUGCUACUCUACCUUAUUUACGUAUAUACCACUUUCUGAGCUUUUUGGCCCGAUGGUUGUUCGAGUAAAACUAAUGUUACUCCGAGAUUUUACGCACUUCUUGGUAUUGGUAGCAUUAGUAAUGCUCAGUUCCGCCGUUGCUGUCCAUUCCCUUUUAUAUCCAGAUCUUCCCCUAUCCAUGGGACCUCUUUUGAAGAGUUUGAAUUGGGCUUGGCUGUCCAUUUUCACAACGGAUAUGAGUGCGCUUCAAGAAUCUGAGAGGUGUAAGAAAGUGUUUUUGGGUCCUCCUCAAACAUUUUGUAAUGCUGUUGGUAUGCAUCGUGAUGCCACAUGCCCUAGACAGGGCACAGCUGCAUACGUUGCUAUCAUCGAAUACUUCAUUAUCCUUAAACUAAUUCUCUGGCCGAUCCUCUUUGCCUUCUUUGCCAAGACCGCAAAAAGUGUGGAUGAAGAAGCGGAUAGGAUCUGGAAGCACCAAAUGUAUGCACUGGUCACCGAAUUUGGCCUCCGACCAUGCCUACCACCGCCAUUCACGCCAUUUUUGCUGAUUUUUGGAAGUGCUUCUGGCUGCUUGCGAAGAUGUACAUCGGCCAAAGCAGCGGACCAUCCCGAUAUGGUCAAGAUGGACGGGCCAGCCAGCAAAAAGUACAGCAUGUACCGUAACCCUUCAGUUCCAUUCAAGCGUUUUGAAUUCCUAAAUGCAUUUUGGCGCGAAACAGCAAUUAGCAAAUGGAGAGCCAAUCACAAGGCAAAGAAUAACGAUGGUGAACGGAAAGAGGAUCUGAGCGAAUUGCGGCGGAUUCGGGCUCAACUACGCAAAAUUAACCUCAGUGCUGACUACGAAAGGGAGAGCGCCAUUGUCCAAGCGAUUCGAAAAACAGCAUAUGAGGGUAGUGCCAUUUACCGUCUGGUGCUCCCCGAGAGUUUGAAGAACUGGGACAUCCUAUUCCCUUCGUAUUCACCGCCAUUUUACAAUAAGCCGGCCGAGGAAUUCAUAUUUGAUCUGCAGAAAUGGGUAGAGGUGACAACGCGACAGUACACCACCGAGCUUCGACGUGUCUGGAGGUCGAAGCAGCUCAACGACCCAAAGAUUAGGCUAUCAUCCCUCGGCUUCCCAUUGAAUCCAGCCGGCAGAACCGGUAUCUCUGGCAGGGGACAGCAUGUUCGAUUCGGACCAAAUCCUCUUGUUUACUAUGUCGUUUUUCGCGGAGCUAAAGGGGAAGCGCAGGUGCUUCUCCAAAACGGAAAACUCCCACACGAAUGGCGAUUUGAGACCGGAAUUCGGGACGAGAAGCUGACCUCCAUAUUGAUUCAAGUCGGAAUUAAUGAUUCCGAUGCUCAGAUGCUAUCCACAAGGCGGUUUGACAAUGGACUAUCUACUCCUAGCGAUACAGGCCCAAAUAUGAUCCAAAAUGGAAUAGCCCCAUCAACGAUUGACACGGAUCAUGCUUGGACUGAACAUGAUGUUUGGGCUUUGUCAUUACGCUCGCGACGUAUCAGUCCAACGACCGCUUUGGGGAUGGAAUGGGUUCCUAUUAAUACUACCACACCAAGCCAUAUGGAAACAGCUUGGAUUCGAAAAGCCAGAGAACAUUUCUCGCUG